CCUCAACCACCACCUCAUGCCUGACCCCAUCCCUUCCCCACCUUCAUACCCCGUAGUAGGGCAUGCCCUGACGGGAGUUAUUGACCCCGUCACUCCGACUCUGUCUUACCGCCUCCUGCGGGAGAAGUACGGACGGAUCUACGAACUCAACUUCUAUGGACGUCCUCUCAUCGUCGUCUCCUCUCAGAAGCUUGUCAACGAGCUCUGCGACGAAACUCGUUUCCACAAGAACGUAUCUGGCGCACUGGAGGAAGUGCGUCAUGGUGCCGGAGACGGACUAUUCACUGCAUACCAUGGAGAAGAAAGUUGGGGUAUCGCCCACCGUAUCCUGAUGCCCGCAUUCGGACCCCAACAAACCUUGGGCAUGUUCAACGAUAUGCUCGAUAUCAACUCCCAGCUUCUGUUCAAAUGGGAGCGCUUCGGCCCCGAUCACCCCAUAGAUCCGACGGACGACUUCACAAGGCUGGCAUUCGACACCGUCUCGCUCUGUGCGAUGUCUUAUCGAGUGAAUUCAUUCUAUCAAGAGGAGCUCCCAGCCUUCGUUAGAGCCAUGGGAGGAUUCUUGGUCGAGAGCGGGAGACGGGCGCAAACACCUCACAUGAUGCAGGGAUUUAUGCACAAGAGCAACACGCAGUACGAAGCCGAUAUAAAGCUCAUGGUCGAUCUCUGCGAUAAGAUCAUUGCACAACGCAAAGCGCAUCCUGAAGGAGCGAAGAACGAUCUACUCAAUCGGAUGCUCGAGGGCAAAGACCCCAAGACAGGUCGGGGCCUGAGCGACGCCAACAUCCGCAAUCAGCUCAUCACGUUCCUCAUCGCCGGACACGAGACGACUUCUGGUCUCCUGUCGUUCACUUGCUACCAUCUCCUUGCCAACCCGUCCACCUACACCAAGAUUCAGGCAGAGAUCGAUGAGGUGCUGGGGAACGACCCGAUCCAGCUCUCGCAUCUCCCCAAGCUGGUGUACACGAACGCCGUUCUGCGGGAAAGUAUCCGACUCAAUGCCCCGCUUGGGAUGCUCAAUGUCACACCGAACGAAGACACCAUCAUCGGUGGUCGGUGGGAGAUCAAGAAAGAUACUCGAUGCGUUGUCGAAAUCAAUGGUCUCCAGAGGGAUCCAGAGGUUUGGGGAGACGAUGCGGAAGAGUUCCGCCCUGAGAGGAUGCUGGAUGGGAAGUUUGAAGCUCUCCCUCCUAACUCGUGGAAACCGUUUGGAAAUGGAGCAAGGGCUUGUAUCGGCCGCCCGUUCGCUUGGCAGGAAGCAACGAUGAUGAUGGCCACCAUGUUGCAGAGGUUUGAUCUUCGCUUCGACGAUCCUUCGUAUCAUCUGCAUCUGAAGCAGACGUUGACGACCAAGCCCAAGGACUUCAAGAUGCAUGCUAUUCCUCGCCGAGGCGCACGUCCCAUUGUCGGCCCUGGCUCUCUGGCUGGGCCCCAGACUACAUCGCCUGAAACAGCUGAAAAGCACGACGCAAGACCCGCAGAAGUCCCAGUCGGUACUGGUAUUCCCAUGUACGUUUACUUCGGUAGCAAUACCGGAAGCUGCGAGUCAUUCGCACAGAACGUCGUUAGCGACGCCCUCGCCCAUGGAUUCAGGGCGGUCAUCGCUACACUCGAUUCUAUCGAUGAGCUAGCCAAGGUGCACUACGACGGCCCGAUGAUCAUUCUCACUGCGUCGUACGAAGGCCAACCGGCUGACAACGCAGCUCACUUCGUGGAAGGCCUGCAGCGUUUGGCUCCUGAGAAACGUCCUCUUACCAACCUCAAAUACGCGGUUUUCGGUGCUGGCAAUCGUGACUGGGCGAUGACUUACCAGAGGAUCCCUACUCUAAUCGACAGCAAGAUGGAGCAGCUCGGUGCUGAGAGAUUGAUGGAACGAGGGCGAGCGGAUGCCGGCGGGGCUGAUUUCUUCGGCGAGUUCGAUAAGUGGGAAAAGAACCUAUGGGAAACCCUGAAUAAAGUGUACACCCCUAGCACCAUUGAGCAGCCCACCGAAGUUCCGGAAGAGGAAGAGGAAUUCGUCGUUACCGUCACUGGCACAGCGCGCCAGAUCCGUUUGCGACAGCCCGAUCUACGCGAUAGCAAGGUUUUGGAGAACCGCCUCUUGACUAAACCGGGUGCCCCCGAGAAGAGACACAUCCAGUUCCAGCUUCCUGAAGGGAUGGAAUAUGCUGCUGGUGAUUACCUGGCAAUCCUGCCAAAGAAUCCUGAUGUCUCAGUUAGACGAGUGUUGAAACAUUUCAAUCUGCAACCAGAUACCAAGAUUGAGAUCAAAACCAAAGCAUCAACUACCCUGCCGACGGAUGAACCAAUCAGACUUCACGAUCUCUUCAGUGAAUACGUUGAACUCGCACAGCCAGUUACGCAGCGUGUUUUGGAUCAACUUUUGCAGUUCGCUCCUAAGGACAACGUGCGUCUCCGUGACCUGUUAACGGAUACCAAGACUGCGGUGUUCGACAAGCGUCUUAGUGCACUCGAUCUUAUCGAAAUGUAUCCUGACAUCAAUAUUCCGCCAACGAAGUUCGUGAAGUUACUUCCAUCUAUGCGAAUCCGGCAAUACUCAAUUUCAUCGUCCCCGGUUGCCAAGCCAGGAGAAUGUAGCCUCACGGUCUCAAUUGUGCGUGCCCCGUCUCUCGGUGGGCAUGGAGAAUUUGUUGGAGUAGCUUCCAACUAUCUCGCCCAUCUCGAAGUGGGAGAUACGGUAUGCGUCGCUGUACGCCCUAGUGCGGCCAAAUUCCAUCUGCCGGCGGACACGACCAAGCCGAUCGUCAUGUUCUGUGCCGGAUCUGGGUUUGCUCCGAUGAGAGGUUUCAUCGAGGAUCGAGCGGAGCAACUCGCCGUCGGCCGCGAGGUUGGAAAGACGCUGCUCUUUGUUGGAUGCAGAGCUCCCGACGAAGACCUUCUGUACAAGGACAAGGAGUUGAAGAAGUGGCAAGAAUCCGGCGCGGUUGAUGUUCGUCCCGCGUUCUCGAGGGCAUCUGAUGCUUCAUAUGGAUGCAAGUAUACUCAGGACCGUGUUUGGAAUGACAGGGCUGAUGUGAAAGCCUUGUACAGGGAAGGUGCUCGGUUUUACACUUGUGGAAUGUCUGGCAUGUCGAACGCAUGCCGGGAGAAAUGUGUCGACAUGAUUAUGGAAGAGAUGAACUGCACGCAGGAUGCAGCUUCCCAGAAGUUUCAAGAUAUUGCUGGGGAGAGGUAUUCGAUCGAUGUCUUUGGUUGAGGGGCUGAAGGCAAGCUCAAACAGGUGGGUGUUGCAAAUCAGGGAAUUAUGGUUGAAUCAGAAAUCAAAGUCCAUGAUGAUCAUUGUGAAGUACACGCUGGGGUGCUUCUGUCCCCUGAUCUACUCAGUACAAGCGUUUCAAUCAAUGUCCGAUCCGAGCGGCGAUCAUGGCGCUCCCGCCUUCGAUUCAAACCCCCGUCGUUCUCACACGCAGAAGGUGAUCUCCACCCCCACGUUGGGGUCGUGGCAAGGAGGUGCAAUGGGAUGGCUACCGACAGCACACUGAUCUGUGGGGCAAGAAACACACUCGCCCACGCAUCCAUUGGUGAAACACCAGUCAAAGGUAGGGGUGAGGGUGAACGGAGGGCUGAUGUCAAUGUCCACCAUUGACCCGUUGCAGCCGGAAUCGCCAUCGUUGCAGAGAGAUACCAGUUCGAUGAUCGAGCAGCCUUCGCCGUCACUUCCACAACCCCCAGCCUGGAGAAAUGCGACCGCGUUGUUCAGAGGGCCUCCUGACGUGUACGGCUCUCCGGUGGACAGGACAUUUCCAUCUUGAACUAGAGUGGGAGUUCCGUACCCACACCUGGAUCAGUGGUCAACCUGGUAACAUUUUUUGCGGAAAUCAUUCGUCUUACAGAUUGGUGAACGUGAUGGUAUGACUCUCAGCGCGGGCCAGAAGGACGAAAGCAGACAGGCCGAACAGCGAGUCGAUAGGCUUCAUGGCUUGACUGCUCUGAAGGCGUUCGGAUCGAGUGCGCAG